UCGAUGAUUCUUGGCGCGGCCGUGGCACUCCCCAGCCUGGCUGGCGAUCCGAAGGCUGUGCAGACCCUCAAGGCCAAGCGCCUCAGCCUGGCUGCUCCCGGAAUGGUCGCGGGAGCCCCGCUGAGCGCCGCCGCCUCAGCCAACAAAGAGGACCGCAAGAGCCUCAGCGACCCGCUGGGCAGCCCCGGUUCCGCCAUCGCCAAGGAGAACCGGAAGAGCGUCACCAGCCCUCUAUCCAGCUCACAGUCGGCCGUAAACAAAGAAGGUUCGGGCAUUGGCGGAGCGGUGGCGCUGCCGUUUGCGGGCGACCCUAAGGCCGCCCAGACGCUGAAGGCCAAGCGCCUCAGCUUGGCUGCCCCGAUGCCCACCUCCCCUCUCAGCGCGGGAGGUGACGGCGGCAGCAAGAUCGAGAACAGGAAGAGCGUCACCAAUCCGCUCUCCAACUCCGGCUCCACCGCCACACGAGACGGCAUCUCAACAACGAACCGGGUCAGCCUUAAGGUGCCGCUGGAGAGUGGACCCUCGGGCACGUUCGCCGCCGACGAAGUCCAAGUGCAGAAGGCAGAGGAAAGGGAGAGCGAGCUUGGCCGCUCGGCUGGUGCUGGCCCAACACCAGCGACGCAGGACGAGGGAAAGGCCAAGAAGGUGGACAAGCAGGAACUCAAGGAGCUCAAGAAGAAGGAGAAGCUCGAGAAGAAGGAGCAGAAGAAGCGUGAGAAGUUGGAGAAGAAGGAGCUCAAGGAGAAGGAGAAGCUCGAGAAAAAGAAGAAGCUCAAGGAGAAGAAGGCAAAGGUGUAA